ACCAUUUGGCAGUCUGCUGAGACGAGACGAGACGAACCGAGCCAAAACUCACCUCGCUCAUGGCCGACGCCUUUUCCUUCACCACAUUUAACGCCACCACUUCCCUCGAAACGGCAACUGCGUGACCUCCUGCUCUCCCUCUGCUCUGCUCCUCCACCACCACCUCCCUCCCCCGCUCCCCCAGAGCUCACCACACACCACAAGCUCCGCCAGCGGAAGCGAGGCGCGGGGACGCGCGCGCGCGAUGGGCAACUGCCAGGCGGCGGAGGCGGCGGAGGUCAUCGUCCAGCACCCCGGCGGCAAGGUGGAGCGCCUCUACUGGCCCACCCCGGCCGCCGAGGUCAUGAAGACCAACCCGGGCCACUACGUCGCGCUCGUCAUCCUCCGCCUCUCCCCCGACGACAAGGCGGCCGCCGGGGACGAGGCCGCGGCUGCCGCCGCCGUCGCGGGCGCGGGCGCCGCCGCCAAGAUCACCCGGGUCAAGCUCCUCAAGCCCAAGGACACGCUCCACCUCGGCCAGGUCUACCGCCUCAUCACCGCGCAAGAGGUGACCAAGGCGCUGCGGGCGAGGAAGAGCGACAAGAUGCGGCGGUGCGAGGCCAUCAAGCAGCAGCACGACCAGCUCCGGCGCGGCGACGGGGCGGAGCAGGCCGCCUCCGACAAGGACGCGAACGCCAAGCGGGGGGAGAAGGACCGGCACCGGAGCUCCGGCGGAGCGCAGCCGGCCGGGAGCGGCAGGGGCCGGCACUGGCGGCCGUCCCUGCAGAGCAUCUCCGAAGCCGCGGCGGGCCAGAGCAGCAGCAGCAGCGCCAGCAGCAUCUCUGAAUCCACCGCGAGCUAAUCGCCGGAUUAACAAAUCCGCUUUUCUUCUCCUUUCUUUUGUUUUUCUUCUUAUUAUUAGUAGCAGUAUAAAAGUGCUUGGAGUCGGGACCCUACCAGAAGAAAGAAAAAACCUGUAAAAAUCAGAGUACCAGAGCAGCAGCAGCAGCAGCAAUAGGAACGAAGCUUGUUUCA